AUGACUGGGAAGGAAGACAGCUACCGGGGCCCGGCCGUGCGCGCCCUCUGCCAGAUCACUGACAGCACCAUGCUGCAGGCUAUCGAGCGCUACAUGAAGCAGGCCAUCGUGGACAAGGUGCCCAGCGUCUCCAGCUCUGCUCUGGUGUCUUCCCUGCACCUGCUCAAGUGCAGCUUCGACGUGGUCAAGCGCUGGGUGAAUGAGGCCCAGGAGGCUGCAUCCAGUGAUAACAUCAUGGUCCAGUACCACGCGCUGGGGCUCCUGUACCACGUGCGGAAGAACGACCGCCUGGCUGUCAGCAAGAUGAUCAGCAAGUUCACGCGGCACGGCCUCAAGUCCCCCUUCGCCUACUGCAUGAUGGUCCGCGUGGCCAGCCGGCAGCUGGAGGAGGAAGACGGCAGCCGCGACAGCCCGCUGUUCGGGUUCAUCGAGAGCUGCUUGCGCAACAAGCACGAGAUGGUAGUGUACGAAGCCGCCUCAGCCAUCGUCAACCUGCCGGGCUGCAGUGCCAAGGAGCUGGCCCCGGCCGUGUCAGGUGACCAGGCGCUCCCCCCUCAAGCCCCGCGCGGCUGUGCCUGCCAGGAGCUAGGCCCUGGGCCAGGGGGCACGGGAAAGAAAGGAAAUGCCCUCAGGCAGGCCGCAGGCUACGGUUAA